AUGGCCGAAGUGCUGCGGGACUGUAAGCUCAUUGUUUGGGAUGAGAGCACCAUGUCACAUAAAGGAGGAUUUGAGGCACUGAGCACAACCCUCAAAGACAUUAGGGGCAACGAUGUACUGAUGGGGGGAGUCACCGUGCUGCUGGCUGGAGACUUCCGACAGACUCUGCCAGUAGUGCCAAGGGGAACUCGAGCUGAUGAGGUUAAGGCAUGUGUCAAGGCAUCAUGUCUAUGGUCUCUUAUCUCAAAACUCUCUCUUAGACAGAACAUGAGGGUAUACUUGAGAGGCGAUAUCUCCGCUGGGCAAUUUUCCGAACUACUACUCAAAAUAGGGGAUGGAAAGUAUCCCGAGUCUGAGGGAAAGAUUAUCCCUGAAGGCCUAGGCUCAGUAGUGACAACCCUAGCAAACCUUAUUGUCAAAAUAUACCCUGAUAUCGUCGAUAUCAAGGAGAAACCUAUGGACUGGCUUUGCGAGCGUGCCAUUCUGACCCCUAAGAACGACAAAGCUGGAGUCAUUAAUGACACUCUACUCAACUCAUUUGACGGGACAGAAAUGGAGUACAGGUAUGUGGACUCGGUGGUACAAACGGAUGACGCGGUCCACUACCCCGUGGAGUUCCUCAACACCCUGAACCCUCCUGGCUUACCAGCCCACAAGCUUCUCCUCAAAGUGGGUGCUCCAGUGAUGUUGCUGCGAAACCUAAGUCCGCCUAAACUCUGCAAUGGCACCAGGUUGCGAGUAAAGGUCCUCCACAGGAAUGUUAUCGAGGCCACAGUGUUCACCGGCUGUGCUCGAGGAGAGUCGGUGUUUAUACCACGCAUACCACUCAUACCAUCAGAGUAUCCUUUCCAUUUCAAAAGGCUGCAGUUCCCCCUCAAGGUCUGUUUUGCUAUGACCAUCAACAAGUCCCAAGUUCUACGUGGCCUGCUCCAGGGUGAGCUCAUCCAGCAGCCUGGUGAUCUGUUACGUCCCUAG